AUCUUCAGGUUGUAUUUGGACAAAACAUCUGCAACAAGAAUAUAAAGAAACCCAGACUGUAACAGAGACGAGAAGUUUUUGUUCCACCAGUCAUUGCUGACAAUGGAGGAAGUGUAGGGGCUUCACAGAAGCCGCAGUUACAGAAAGGCCUUCAAAAUAUCACAUCGCAUCACUUCCUCAGAUCACUUCAGGCAAGGCACUCUGCGGAGCACGGGGAGAAGCUUCAAAGCCACAUCAUAUACUGUACCUUGCUGCUCAUGAAGCCUCUCUGAUAUGAGUACAUGUACAUGAGACAAAAGAAAAGACAAAGCAUCAUGUCUUAAAGGAAACCAGCUGUUAUGGAAACAAAUGACAAUACUUCUCUGGACAGGAUGACAGGUGAAACCGAGCCAGUGGAAUACAGGAUUGUAGGAUUAGUGUUCUACUGCACAAUCUUCACCAUUGGAAUUAUCGUGAACGUCACAGCACUAUGGGUCUUCAGCCUCACCACCAAGAGGAGGAACUCGGUCACCAUGUACAUGAUGAACGUGGCCUUAGUGGACCUGAUCUUUAUUUUGGUACUGCCAUUCCGCAUGGCUUAUUAUGGGAAGAACUACUGGCCCUUUGGCGAUAUGUUCUGCAGAAUCACAGCAGCCCUGACAGUAUUCUACCCUUGCAUUGCUCUCUGGCUCUUUGCGUUAAUAAGCGCGGACCGGUAUGUAGCCAUAGUGCAGCCCAAGCACAGCAAGGAGCUGAAGAACAUCAGCAAAGCCAUAAUAUCCUGCGCUGGCAUCUGGAUAAUGAGUUUGGGCUGCUCGGCGCCACUGCUUUUUCCAGACAACGACCCCGACAAGGCCAGUAACUUCACCACCUGUGUAAAGAUGCGGGACAUCAUUCAUCUAAAGCAGGACAACCCCGUGAACUUUGUCCGCAUCAUCUUCUUCUUCCUGGUGCCCAUUUUUAUAAUGAUCGGGUGUUACUCCAUCAUCGUCAACAACCUCAUUCACGGGCGGACUUCCAAACUCAAGCCCAAAGUCAAGCAGAAGUCGAUCAGGAUCAUCAUCACCCUGAUCGUGCAGGUGCUUGUGUGCUUCGUGCCCUUCCACGUCUGUUUCGUCUUCUUGCUGCUGGAGAACACUGGGCGUGACUACAGCGCCUGGGCAGCCUUCACGACCUUCAUGAUGAACCUCAGCACCUGCCUGGACAUCAUCCUGUACUACAUAGUGUCCAAACAGUUCCAGGACCGCGUCAUCAGCGUCAUACUGUACCGCAACUACCUGCGCAGUGUCAGGAGGAAGAGCUUGCACACGGGCAGCGUGCGAUCUCUCAGCAACAUUAACAGUGGAAUGAUCUGAGGCAGGAUGAGUCUGAUUGUAUCCAUACUCCAUCUAAAGGCACCAUGGCUCACAACCUCUGCAUGGUCACCUGUUGCUUGAUCUAUGUCAUGUGAAAUAUUUUGAAAAAAUUGAUUUGCACCGUGACAAGAAGUGAGAAAGAAAACAGAACUUACAGCCCGGAUGGCAGAACAUCCACUUUGAGGUCUGAAAAACAGCGCAGAGCUUCGGCAAGCAGGGUGUCAAAGAGGGCCGACAGAAUCCACGCGCCAAACAGGAAAGACUGUGGCCAGAAAGAAAGGCGUGUUACUCAUUGUUGCACUUUUGCUAACAUCCUGCAUCUUUCAUUCAAUUCCCAUUACCAAGAUUCACAAGUAAAGAGGUCAUAUUAUCAUGUUUACUUCCAGCCUGCCACAAGCACAGCUAUGUUGCUUUUCUUACUGUUGUACUCUUCACAUUUAUUGAAGAUUUGAAGUUGCCUUCUAUGCCAUAGCUUUCUGAUGGCCGAUCUUAGGACAGUACCUAAAUCUAGGACACCUCUUGUUCUUCCAGUUUGGUCACUGCAUAUGAGAGCGCCACACUGGCCUGCCUAUAACAGUGGAUGGUUUCAGGAUUUGCACAGGGUAUUAAAAAAUGUGUUUCUCUUUAUUACUUCAUUUUUUAUUCCUUUAGCUUUAAUAAUUCAAUAUCACACUGUCAAAAAUAGGUUAUUUCCUAAGAAAAUACUAAUUUGAAAUAUUCAAAUAAAAAAUAUAUAUCUGUAAUGACAGUUCUGAUUUCCAUACUCUACUCACAUGAAAACUGACAAAAUAUUCAUUAAAAGACUUAUAAUGGCUUGUCAGUACACAUUUUAUGGAACUCUGACAUACUGCACUUCAGUGGAGGGCACGGGCAGAAGAAGAGCAACCUAAAAUUUUUAAAGGUUAAAUGUAUUCCUAAAAAGUCAUCAGUAAUAAUAUCUACAACCCUUUCCAAAGAAAUGGAACAAUAGAGGUUCAUUAUGAAAGAAGUGACAGUACCUUCGGUAGUGUGUUACUUAUUUUACAGCACAGUACUAGUCAGUUUAUAAUUUCGGCACUGAACUGAUAAUAAGUAAACUGAUAAACAAGGAUUAAUUGAAGCUCACUGUAUCAUUUGGAAAUGCACCACUAGUCACCACCUAAGUACUGCAGUAAUAUUAAACAUGCUAAUUUAGUACUAAUAUUGGUUACAUUACUAAUUUAGUACAAAGUCUCAGUGGAGUGAGUAUUUAAAAAGCACUAUGCUUUCCAAGUUUCAGAGCUUAUCUGAAUAGGAGAAA